AUGACGAAGUGGAAGAGCAUCCAAAGUUUGCUUACGGACGAGACCGCCGACAUGCUCGUGCCCGUGGAGUUAGGACCCAGGAAUGUCGGAUACAACAUCAAAGCCGAUGGUGCUGACUGGGACGGCGGGCAGUGGCAGCGACUGGAGACUCGCUUCAAGUUGUUCGUGGCUUUGCUGGAGAGUGGGCAGUGGAGUGGCGCUGCGUAUGUCUCGCAGCUAAAUAUUGACGAGAUUCCUCCCCUCAAAGCCGAUGUUCAGCUGCCAAUUCCGCACGCACCGGAUCUAGCAGCGCCUCCAAAUUUAUGGAUUGGCUCAGCAGAUACAUAUACGCCCAUCCAUCGCGACAUCCUCGGCCAUAACCUACUCUUCCAAGUUCUCGGCAGUAAAGUCGUCCGCGUCUUUCCUCCCUCCGAAAAGCCCUUCCUCUACAUCUCGGAAGAGCCGUGGUUACGGAAUACCUCCCUCAUACCCUUUGAUCACGGCUUCGACGCGGACAGGUGGCCACGAUUCCGUGAGGGUGUGAAGGUGUGGUAUGAAGCGACGAUCGAGCCGGGAGACGCGGUAUUUAUACCCAAGGGCUGGUACCAUUCAGUGAGGGCGCUAGAGGAAAGUAUCAGUGUCAAUUCGUGGUUUCUGUAA